AUGAAAGUAUUGAGUAUUCUUUAUUGGAUUGAACGACGAUCUCCUGCUGAGUUUAUAUCAAAUCUACACGUGACCUAUAUAAAACACACGAAUUUUGACAUGCUUGAAUUACAUUUAAAUGUAUCAGUUAUGGAAUCAAAAUUAAAAGAAAAACAACAAUCCAACUCACUAAUAAUUGAUGAAAAUGAAUUAAAAGAAUAUAAAUCAACUGCUAAACAAUAUGAUUCUAUUCCAAUUGAAGAGAAAGCAAAUAUUUUGAAACUUAAGAUAAUUAAUGAAUUAGAAUCAAAAUAUCGUGAACAAAUUUUAAUUUUACAAUCUGAUCUAAAAUGUUAUCAAGAUCAAAAUAGAUUACUUAUUGAAGCAAUACAAAAUCUUAAUAAAACUUUAAUUGAUGAACGUCUAGAAUUUAAGAAUUUAAAGUUAUUAUAUGAAGCUGAAAUUUCUAGUCUUAAAAAAAUUAAAGAUGAUCAAAGUAUUCAACUUGAUCAAUUAACAUCAAUGAAAACGAAUGAAGAUAAGAAAUUGUUAUUGCAGAAUGCACAACUUCAAGCUAAAUGUCAAGAACUUAAUAAUCAACUUUGUUAUUUUAAGGAAAAUUUAUCUACAGAAAGAGAUAAAAUUCAAUCCAAUAAUGUUGAUCAGUUAUUGAAAGUUAAGAAUAUGGAACUUGAUGCAUUAUGUUCUACUCAAAAAACCCAAUUAGGUAUAUUAACUGAAGAAGUAAAUAAUUUACGUAAAGAAUUAAUGAAUCAACAACAAACAUCUAUAGAAUCAACAAAAAAUCAAGUUAAAGCUGAAUUACAAAUUGAACAAUUAAUUAACUCUAUACGUACUGAAUUAUUUGAUAUACGUAAUGAAGCACAAGCUCAAAGAUUUGAAAUAGAAAAUCAGCGUAAUGAAUUAAUGAAAAAGUCUAAAGCAUUAAAUCAUGAAUUAAGUUUAUUAUCCUCACGUCUAACAAAUUCUAAUCAAUUGGAACCCUUGACGACUAAUACUACUAGAACUUCAAGAAAAGAAGAAGGUGCUGCUGCUGCCGCUUCUGACGAUGAAGAUGAUGAAAAGAUACAACAGAUAAUCAAACUAUUUCGUAAUCAUUUUAUGGUUCAUAUAAAUGAAUUUGAAAAUAAAGUAACAAGUAUUACGGAACGUUUAAAUUUAGAAGUAAAUCAAAUGCAAACAUUUAAGAUUUAUGCAAAUUCUCUUAUAGAGAAGAUAAAUGCUACAGAAUCUAAACAAAAAUCCCUUCUAUUAACUGAUCAUAAUAAUCAAAGAAUUUUAAAGCAUUUAGAUAUAAGUAAUGCUAUAAGAAAUAAAAUGCAACAAUUUAUAGAAGAUUCACGUAAGAAAAAACGAGCAUUGUGCUUACGAAUAGUAUUAUUGAAACGAAAACUCAACUUCUUUGAAUAUGAAGUAGAGAAAUUACGUAAAGAGAAUAAUAAUUUAAAAGAAAAUGUAUCCAUUGCCGAAUAUGAACGAAUAAUCAAAAAUUUAUUAUUAAAAAUAAUGAUUUUCAAUAGAAAUGACAAUAUUGUUGAUUUCAUAAUAUCUCAGCUUUCCAGAUUUCAUUUCCAUGCAACAUGA